AUGCGGAAGGUCUUGGUUUUCAUGGAUGCUAACGAAGCACCAUCUGCCUGGGAAAAUGUUUCCAGAUGGCUGCCUGCUCGAAAUGAGAACUACACCUUCUGGUGGCUGAAGACUGGCCCACAGCUUGCUGCUUUGCUUCUCCAGUCAGGCUAUAGUAUUCAUCAACAAUACGAGGCCUUGCUCUUUCAUUACCAUGUUGUGGUUCCUUGCCUCGGCCGUCGCCCGAUAUCAGUUGUACCGUCAAUGGGGCCAACUCCUGAAUGGAAGUCAUUUAUGACUGACGACUUCAGUCCCAUUGAAUAUAGCUGGAAAUGGGAUACGGGUGAUGAAAGCUCGGGGCCCGUUAUAAGAUACGGCAUUGAAGCAAUCGGACCCUACGCUGGCACAGCACUGGAUCCGUUAAACCAGACUUUGACGAAGGAACUUCUGUACCAGCUAAGCCAAGCAAUCCCAGGCAUCGAUACGACUUGGUUUCACCAUUUUGCCACCGUCUUGUACGGUUCGGAGCAACCAGAACUCACCCCAGAAAGGCACGAGACGUUGGACAUCCAAGCGCCCCCGCGCUCAUCAAUGUUCCUUGCAUUCGAGCUCCUUAAGGGACAACUCGCUGUGAAGGCAUAUUUUAUCCCUCCCAACCCCACAAAAAUGAGUGAAGCUAAAGCCGACGUGCUGGGCCGGCUCUCAAGAGUCACCCAAAGCCUAAGUGUUCCGGCAACUGCUCAGGGGGAGGCAUCACAAUGGGUGGCACUGGACGAAAUGGUAUCGUUUAUGGAUACAAGUGAACAUGGGAAAAAUCUAAUCCCAUUCAUGAUAGGUAUCGAUUGUGUGAGAGACUCGAAAUCGCGGCUAAAAGUCUACGUCCGCUCGUCUGACACUAGCUUUGACUCCGUGGUUCAGGUCCUUACCAUGGGUGGGAGACGUCAAGGAGUUGACAAGAGUAUAACGGACCUAAAAGAGCUAUGGCGUCUCACUCUGGGGCUUCCAGCGGACUUUUCAACAUCGGAGAACUUGUCACCGCUAGAACAUGCGACGGGUGGAAUGUGCUACUUCUUUGAUAUCCAGCCAGGCAUCGCCCUCCCGGACAUCAAAAUGUACAUUCCCGUUCGGCACUAUGGACAGUCUGACUUGGAAAUAGCAUAUGGACUGAGAAAAUUCCUGCAAACCCGCGGGCGAGGAGCAUACGUGGAGGGAUAUCUCAAGUCUCUGGAGGAGUUUGCCCCAUUUGAUCGCCUCCAAACGUCUUGUGGCAUACAGACGUAUAUUUCAUGCGCAUUCCAGAAAAAGGGUCUCAGCAUCACUAGCUACUUGAGCCCAAACAUCUACCAGGGUUAA